AUGCGCGGUUCGCCCUUGACUCCCCCCAGCUAUCUCACAGAUCGCGGAAGCCCUCACAAGAAUGGCAUUUUUGUUGACGAGCCUCCUGUUUGUUUGCGAUGCAGUGAACAGCCUGAGUCUGCUCGGAACCUGGAACAGCAUGUGAGAGUCACCGGGAUCCCUUCGUCGGAGAUCAUUGUUCCACAACGACUGGCAAAUCAGACAGAAAUGAUAUCACUGAGCGAUCCUCUCGAUCUCACAACCGAUCAAGCGUCACACGGAGAGCAAUCACAACAUCUCACACCCACCUGGAUGACGCUUCUGCCUUCAAGUCGAAAGUCGUUUGAAGCCGGUCCGUAUCAAAACAUGGCCAGCCGACGCUCCAUACGUCCUGGAAGCAAACCUAACCUAUCCACCACGCUGCCCAAACGUUUGAUUCACCCAGCUCCAGGAGGUAUCCUGACCCAAGAAACUUCGCGACCAAGUCAAGAACGAGGGCCAAGCCUUCCACGUACCGCAGAUCCUCCUCUUGCACCCCAGAAUGUCAGUAAGGCAAAUCCAGCAUUGGGACGACGAGACACCCGAAAUCAUCCUGGACCUCUGGGAACUGUUGAACGACAUCGCAUGGGACCAGACCGCCAAUUACGAGGAUGGUCUGCUCCUCGCCAUCUACCUACUAGCAACCCCAUAAAUGACUUUCCUCUCCCUGGCGAGCAGAAGAUCCCCCACGAAUCUCCAUCUGGUCAGACGCAAAGCAGCCGCAAUUCAUUCUCGCCGCAGCUCUUCCAGCGCCGCAAUUCCUUGCCUCGACGCCGUUCCUCCCUCUGGAAAAUAUGCAGUGCGAGCACAAACACCACUGCUCCUGCCGCCAUUGGCACAUGCGGUCCAAAUAAAUCCCACAACCCCUUUCCCUCGCAGGAUAUCUCGCCCGCCAAAACCCCUCUCUUGAGGGAAUUGUCGAGCUUCUUCGCCACGCGUGCUGGCAAGUGGGUUCUUCCCAGCCGUGUCAGCAGCUACGGAGUGUCUGCAACGUCAAACGUUUUGUCGCCUAGUCGCCGAAGCCAAAAUCUACAGAGCGGAAAUAACUUGGGCCACUGUGAACGAUGUGGAGUCGAUAUGUCGGACUGGUGGGUGCUAGGGAACAGCGCAACUGAGACUGAGAGCAGCCCGCUGUUGAACGGAGAUGUCGACGACUCGAUCCUUCUGUCCACCACUGGCAGCAGCAGAGUGUGUCCAAGCUGUCGAGAUGGGCCGGACAUGCCUGGAGCCUGGUCGUGA